AUGCGUUUCGUCGGCCUUGUCACCGUCUUCAUCGGCCUCGCUACCGCUGCGCCUGCACCUGCGUACUAUGCACCACCACCACCUGCUGCCACGCCAACCAAAGAUGAAAUGAUCGCUGUCACGACUUCAGCUCCCCAAGCCUCUGGAGACGUCUUCACCUACUGGACCGCCAGCGACCACUCCAUCAAGGCCUGUGACGAGGACAGCUAUGUCGACCGCGAAGCUCCCAAGGACACCCUGCGAGCCAACUACCGCGACUGCGCAGCGCUUCUCUCCAGCUUUGGAUCCCGCAACGGCACUUUCAUGGUCCCUCGCGCGUGCGAAGACGACAAGGAGUACGCAACCGGAAACGGCCACGUCGACGUCGUCAAGUCAGGAUCAUGCGCGUUUUCUGUCCGCGCCGACACGGCUUUGAUGGUUGGUGAUGAGGAUAUCGUGUGGAUUAUGCAAAAGGCUGUCCUGGACAACUCUGCUGGAAUGGAGAUGGCGGCUCGGGGAGCUGUCAAGUGUGGUGCUGAGGAUGGUGAGACCAAGGGUGGUCUCUACUGGGAGAUUCACGGCAUCGAGGAGGAGCAAGAGUCGCCUCAUUACUAA